AUGGCGGUCGAAAUCGGCGUUCUCUACUUUCCGGGUGCCCCGGUGGCAGUCCUGCUGCUGGUGGCCGUCUACGGAGUUUACAGAUUCUUCCUAGACGGCCUCUCGCGCAUUCCUGGCCCUGCCAUUGCCAAAGUCACCAACCUCUGGAAGAUCAAUGCCGCUGCUCAAGCGGAAAUGCCAUGGCGCAACAUUGCGCUACAUCGCAAAUAUGGCCCGCUCGUCAGAAUCGGCCCCAACAUGGUGUCAGUCAACGACCCGGAAGCAUAUCCCAUAAUCAACGGCUUUAGGCGCGUUUUCACCAAGACUCAGUUCUACUCCACGGCUGAGGGAUGGUACAAGGGCAAGCCCCUGACGACCGUGAUCACGGCGCGGGACCGCCAGUACCACUCCUAUCUCCUCCGGGUCGCCAGCAGUGCAUACUCGGUGGGCUCCACGCCGCAGAUGGAAGUCAAGAUCCAGCCCCUGGUCGACUUGCUCCUCAACAAACUGAACGACCUCGGCAAGGCGGGACAAAAGCCCGUCGACACGGCCACGCUGAUCGCGCAUUUUGCCUUUGACGCCAUGGGCAUCAUCAACGUCUCGGAGCCCUUCGGCUUCCUCAGCAAGGGUGUCGACGUCGAGGGCGCCAUUGGAGCCAUCGAGGUAGCCAACACCUACUUCUCCGUCAUCGCCCAGGCCCCCUGGAUGCACACCUUCAUGCUCGGCAACCGCUUCGUGCAAAAGGCCAUGGAAGGCGGCAACCCUGUCCUCAACUUGGCCCUCGCCAUGGUUGACAAGCGCCUCGCAACAACCGCAAAGCCUACCACCAACGGCCACCACCAUCCGACCCCCGACAGCACCGACUUCCUCGGCCGGCUCCUCUCGACCAGCGCCGAAUCAGACGACCCCUCCAAGCCCACCUACGAACAAAUCGUCGCCUUCGUGCUCGCCAACACCAUGGCCGGCUACGCGACCGUGGCCGUAGCCCUGCGCUCCAUCCUCUAUCACCUGGCGCGCAACCCGUCCGCCUACACCAAACUCCAGCACGAAAUCGACACGGCCUUCGCCUCCGGCGCCCUCGGCAGCACCCCCACGCACACCCACACCGCGGCCGAGGCCGGCAAACUGCCCUACCUGGACGCGGUGGUGACCGAGGCGCUGCGCGUGCACCCCGUGCUGGGGCUGAUUUUGGAGCGGGAGGUGCCGGCGGGGGGCGUGGUGUUGGCGGGACAGCAUGUGCCGGCGGGGACGGUGGUGGGGUUUAAUCCGUGGGUGAUUAUGCAUAAUAGGGAGGUGUAUGGGGAGGAUGCGGAGGUGUUUCGGCCGGAGAGGUGGUUGGGGGUGGAGGAGGGCAGGUUGAAGGAGAUGAGGCGGUGUAAUAUCUCGUUCGGCGCUGGCCCGCGUUCUUGCCAGGGCAAGAAUAUUGGUAUGAUGGAGAUUUUGAAGGUUGUCCCGGCUUUGAUGCGUCGCUUCGACUUUGCGUUGGCGAACCCGAAGGAUGAGUGGCAGGUCAAUGGUCACUGGUUCACAAUGCAGUCCAAGAUGGACAUGACCUUCACGCCUCGGAAGCACUAG